AUGAGCUACUACAGCAACUGGUAUGGAGGCCUAAGCUAUGGCUGUGGAGGAUUUGGUGGCCUGGACUGUGGAUAUGGCUGGGGAUGGGACAGCUUCCCCAGACUGGGCCAUGGCUGUGGCUGGAGGGGCCACACAUACGGCUGCUGCCACCCUCUGUGCUACGGUGGAUAUGGGUUCUCUGGCUUCUACUGA